AUGCGCAAUUGGGAGAACCCGGUUAUGCUUGCGUGUAACACGGCCUCGAAGAAAAACCUACAUUAUUGCACUUUCCUCAUCAUCAUAUUUAUCACCGUGUUAUGUCCGGCUGUAAUGUCUCAAGUGGUUGUGCCAGAUUCAGACGCAGAUUGUCUCUUGAGAUUCAAAGAUACAUUAGCAAAUGGUUCGGUGUUUUUUAGUUGGGAUCCAUCAACAUCACCAUGUCAAGGAAACGACGCGAAUUGGUUUGGAGUUCUUUGUAGCAAUUACGUUUGGGGGAUACAACUCGAGGGACUAGGCUUAACCGGGACAGUAGACCUCGACCCAUUGGUUCCUAUGAAGAAUCUACGAACCAUAAGCUUCAUGAACAAUGAGUUUGAUGGACCAAUGCCUCAGGUUAAUAGGCUCACUUCGUUGAGAUCCUUGUAUUUGUCUAAUAACCGGUUUUCAGGGGAGAUACCCGCGCUUGCAUUUCAAGAUAUGCCCCAUUUGAAGAAAAUUUUGCUAGCCAAUAACGCGUUUCGUGGAACAAUUCCUUCUUCUUUAGCUUCUUUGCCAAGGCUUGUAGAGGUGAGGCUAAAUGGUAAUCAGUUUCAAGGGCAGAUACCACAUUUCAAACAGAAGGAUCUUAAGUUAGCUAGCUUUGAGAACAAUGACCUUGCUGGACCGAUACCUGUAAGCCUCCAAAACAUGGAUCCCGGCUCUUUUGCAGGUAACAAAGAUUUGUGUGGUCCUCCCUUAAGUCCAUGUUCUCUUUCCUCUCCGGAAAUCCCUCCUGUUGAUCCAAGAUCUAAUCCUAGUCCUCCUCUAAGUCCUCCUCAGGGGAGCAAGACUGGUUCCUUUAGCACUAUAGCGAUCAUUAUGAUUGUUCUUGGCAUACUACUAGUUAUCAUCGGGCUUGUGUUCUGUUUCAUUCAGUUAAGAAGAAGAAGAAGAAAUUUCUUGUCAGCUUAUUCUUCCUCAGGCAAGGAAAGUGUAGAGAGUUACACUUAUCAUGAACCAGUGAUUAGGAGCAAUAAACCCGCUGAAUCUAUUGUGAAGCGCACAAAGAAAAGGUCAAUGCCUGAUCCAGGAGGCAGGCUUCUAUUUGUGCGGGACAAUGUUCCAAGAUUUGGUCUUCAAGAUCUUCUUAGAGCUUCAGCUGAAGUUCUUGGUAGUGGAACAUUUGGUGCUUCAUACAAAGCAGCGAUAUGUAGCGGACAAACAUUGGUCGUGAAGAGGUACAAACAUAUGAACAAUGUCGGAAGAGAUGAGUUUCAUGAGCAUAUGAGAAGGCUAGGGAGGUUAAACCAUCCGAAUCUAUUGCCUCUAGUCGCUUACUAUUACCGGAGAGAAGAGAAGCUUUUAGUCACUCAGUUUAUGCCUAAUAAUAGCUUGGCAAGCCAUCUUCAUACUAAUCAUUCAGCGGAUCAACCUGGAUUGGAUUGGACCACACGUUUAAAGAUCAUAAAAGGAGUAGCAAAGGGUUUAUAUUACUUGUUCAACGAGUUACCAACAUUAACGAUCCCUCAUGGUCAUAUAAAGUCAUCAAAUGUGGUUUUAGAUGAAUCCUUCGAGCCAUUGCUAACAGAUUACGCUCUAAGACCGGUGAUGGGCUCAGAGCAUGCGCAUAACUUCAUGACUGCAUACAAAACACCAGAGUAUGGACCAGCGAAAGAACAAGUCUUAACAAAGAAGACAGAUGUUUGGUGUCUCGGUUUGUUGAUAUUGGAGCUUCUGACAGGGAGAUUCCCUGAGAAUUACUUAUCGCAAGGUUAUGAUCCAAACAUAAGUCUUGUGACUUGGGUUAGUAACAUGGUUAAGGAGAAGAAAACAGGUGACGUGUUUGACAAGGAAAUGGAAGGGAAGAAGAAUUGUAAAGGGGAAAUGAUUAAUUUGCUGAAGAUAGGGUUGAGAUGUUGUGAAGAGAAAGAAGAGAGGAGGCUGGAGAUGAGAGAAGCCGUGGAGAUGAUUGUGAUGUUGGGAGAAGGAGAAACUGAUGAUGAGUUUGGUUCUAUGGAUCGUCGAGAGAGUAAUGAUUUAUAUUCUUCCAUGCUUUUGGACGAUGAUGACUGGAUGAAUCGAUGAGUUUCGAUUAUUUCUUUCUAGGAAUCAUAUGAAAUUGUAUAACAAGAUAGUGUGAAAUAUUC